GAGCGACAACCAGGUUUCGUCUUAUAUUAAUCCUUACUCGGAUACACCAGCAACCACAUAAAUACGGCAUUGCUAAAGCCCUACAAUCAUGCCCUCACCGGAAACAUACCACGGCUGGGUCGCCCACAAUGCCACAGAUCCCCUAACUUACACAACCUUCACCCCCAAACCCUUCCACUCCACCGACAUCGAAAUCAAAGUCUCCAACUGCGGUAUCUGCGGCACAGACAUCCACACCCUCAGCUCUGGCUGGGGUCCCACCGACUACCCCUGCGUCGUGGGCCACGAAAUCAUCGGCACAGUCACGCGCAUCGGCGCAGAUGUCCCAACUCUGCGCUCCUCGCCCGCAUCCCGCGAUAUCAGAGUCGGGGAUCGGGUCGGGGUAGGCGCGCAGAGUGGCUCUUGCUUGAAGGCGGAGUGUGAGGCGUGCGCCGAUGGACGGGAGAACUAUUGUUCACGGAUCAUGGGGACGUAUAACGGGCGGUAUCCUGAUGAGGGGAAGAGUAAGUCGUAUGGGGGCUUUGCGGAGUAUUGGCGCGGGCCGGCGCAUUUUGUGUUCAAAAUUCCGGAUGCGUUGCCGUCUGCUGAGGCGGCGCCAUUGUUGUGUGCGGGAGUUACUAUGUUCUCGCCGUUGCGGAAGUAUGGUGCUGGGCCCGGAAAAUCUGUGGGAAUUAUUGGGAUAGGGGGACUUGGUCAUUUGGGUAUUUUGUUCGCGAAAGCGUUAGGUUGUGGUAGGGUGGUAGGCAUCUCGCGCACGUCGGGAAAACGGAAUGAUACGCUCGAGGGACUAGGCGCAGAUGCCUUCGUUGCAACGGACGAGGAACCGAAAUGGGCACGCGCAUAUUCUCGCUCGCUGGACCUGAUCAUCUGCACCGUUUCCUCGCCAGAAAUGCCAUUGUCUGGAUACCUGCGCUUGCUCAAGACAGACGGCGUGUUUGUGCAGGUGGGCGCGCCAGAGCAGCCAUUGCCGCCUGUUAUGGCGUUUUCGUUGAUCCAGAAGGGCGUUAAGAUCACAGGGUCGAAUAUCGGGUCGACAGAAGAUAUCAGGGAGAUGCUGAAGUUAGCUGCUGAGAAACGUGUGUUGCCGUGGAUUCAGAAGCGGGCUAUGAAGGAUGUCAAUGUCGCAUUGAAGGAUUUGCAUGCUGGAGAGGCGAGGUAUCGAUAUGUCUUGCUUAACGAAAUGGAGACGGGAACGCAAGCAAAACUUUAAUCGUUCAAAU